CUUCCCUGCUCCUUGCACAAAAGCGAUCCAAAAACUCGAAGAAGGCAGUCGGCUUUUGUUUUUGUCAGUUGCAAAUCGAUCGAAGCAAGCAAGAAUUUUAAAGAGAUUUUUACAGAUUUUCAGUGUUCUUGUAGUGAAAAUUCCUGAAAUUGUAACUGUAAACGGACAUUGAAGCACAGAAAAUUUAGUUGCACGCACGCAAAAUGAACCGUUUGGCGAAGCUUCGGCUCCGCUCGUCCUCCGGAGUGGGGCUCAAUUCCAGCUGUCAAUCGCUGGGUAACGGAGCCGGUUACGAAACGGCCAACGACGAGAGCAUCACUUCUGGCUGUUCGCUGUACUAUUCGGUGACGGAGGACGGUAAUGGAACCGCUACGAAUGAGCAAGAAGCGGCCGCCGCGGAGGAACAGCUGAAAGAGGUAACGAAAGAGGACAAUUCCAUUGACGCCACUCUGGAGAACGAUUUCAGUGUGGAGGAAGUGAGCACCAUCCGGAAGCCGAUGAUUGUGGCAGCUUCUCCGGCAACCGUGCGGAUUGCCAGCAAAAUGACCUGCAAAUACCUGGGGGUUUCUUCGACGCCAGCCAAGGUGAUCUUGUCCCGCAGUGCCAAGAAGAAUCUCAGCGGAAUUGGGAAGCUAAACGAAACGGACGACAAACAGAUGCCUUCGGCCAUGAAGAAAAUGAGGGAACCGAGACUGUCGGAAGGUUCCUCGGCGGACGAUGGGGAAGAAUCGAAGUUGACCCUGGAAAGCAGCGUUCAGUCGGUGGUCGAGAGGGGAACUCCGGCCGCUGGCCAUAAAUCUUUCGGAACGAACGUUUUGGCCCAAUUUUUCGAAUCGUUGGACGUCAACAAAGCCACUCCGGUUCCGCAGAUUAAAAUCUGCGCUCCGGACGGAGUGGAGAAGGCGGUCACUCCGGAGAAACGACGAGAAUCGAACUCCCUCGAGAACUUCUUUGAAUCGCUCAAAAAGCAGCCGGAACCGGAGGGGAAAGAGAACAAGCCCCAGAGCGAGCGCAAGAAGGCAGUCCGGAAAGCUCUUAUCCCGAAAAUGGCCGAAGCAGAUCGCCCUAGAACCAGAAACUCGUUGUUCGGGGCGGACAACCGGGUGGCACAAUCUCCAAUAGUGAAGCCCUCGCGUAAAUCCAGCACCGUUCGGUUGAUCCCGGACCGCUUGAAGGAGAUGCGCCGAGCCAACCAGCAGUCGGAUCUGAUCAGCGUGGUGAAGCGGAAAUCGGUGAUUCCUCCACCGAAGACGAUCGUUGCCCAGGUUACCGCCGUUCCCCAAGAUCCCAAGAAGUCCGUUUCUGACGACGGGGAGGAGGAUGUCGUGGGGGAUUCGAUUAAGGUGGGACCUAACCGGGAUGCGAAGACGAAGACUGGAACGACGACGACAGCCAUCAAACCGAUUACUAGUGGUGUAGCAAUGAAGCGCAAAUCGGUAGUUCCUCCGGUAGUUGUGUCACGGAGAUCCGUUAUGCCAGCGAAGACUCUUCGACGAUCCGUUGUGUCAGCUCCGAGUAGGGCCCCCCUGAAAGUCCCCGCCAAGACUACUUUGACAAGCAGCGAGGCAUCUCGCCGCACAACCCUUGGAAAGCGACCGACUACAGACACCUCAAAUGAUAGGGCGGAACCUAUGAACAAGCAGCGUAAAUCUCUGGCACCGGUCAAAGAGGCCAAAACAGAACCCUCUCCAAAAGAGGGACAGGCAAGACCAAUUUCUCGAAUUCGUCCGCCUUCGACAACUGGCAGUACUGCCCCAAUCUCAUUCAAAAAGCCAGAAACGUUCAGUUGCGAAACCUGUCAACGCCCAUUCCGACUGAAAUCCUCGCUCGAAACGCACAAAAAAUUAGCUCAUCAAGCCGCAACUCCCACCACCUCAGGGACAUCGUCCUCCGAAACCGGCAAAACUCCAGACACCAAGUGCCGUUACUGCGCAAAAUCCUUCAUCAACGGUAAAAUCCUGUCGAACCAUCUCAUUUCCAACUGCCUAAAGAUUCCCAUCCCGGACAAGCGCAAACUGCUCGCCCAAGAUGACCGGGUGCGGGCCAAAUCGUCCCCGUCCAGAACUCCCAAUGGUCUCCUAAAGCCUCCCACCCUGACCGGAAGUGCCACUUCCCUGGACACGGAUACUUCUACUUCGAGCAGCAUCGGAGACACCAGUGCCAAUAGUAGCAGCGCCUCAACCCGUCCGGCGUCCAGCGGAAAGGGCGCCAUCCGGAAGCCAGGUCGAACCGGUGUAGGACACACCGGAAUCACCCGGACGCCGAAGAAAGAGAUGAAGUGCCACCUCUGCAAUCGGAAGUACCUGAAUGCUGUGGAGUAUGCGUUGCAUGUACAAGCGCACGCCAAGGGCAUGGAAUCGCUGGAGUCGAAGGAGUUGGUAACGACGGCCGAGGCAACGAAGCUGGUGAAUUUGGGCAAGAAGGCUUGAACGGAGAACGGAGGAGGACAAGAGCGUACCUGUGGUGAGGGAGUGUACUCGAAUUUCGUCGUUUAUAAAACUUUAAUAUCGAUAAAUUAUUUCUAUUUCGGACGGUUUAGUGUUUAGUGUCGUUUGUUUCGUAAAUAAAAUUCUUUCUCUCGUACUAAGGCA